AUGACAGGAGCUGGAGCAGCCAUGUUAGAGCAGAGGAAUUCCAGCAGGAAGGACGUGAUCUCCAAGUUUAUCCAGAAGACUCAGAUAUUCUCUGUGGGUAACAUCACCAUUGAAACACCCCCUCAAGAAAUUCCAGCUACACAAGUUAGGUUCAGACAUUACAAGUCUUCCACCUUCCGGCCUACCCAAAAGACUUUCAGCAUUGCCUAUGGAUCUGAAAGCAUGAAGGGGUUUUUUGCUUAUGACACCAUUCGGAUUGGGGACCUUGUAAGUACUGACCAGCAGUUCGGUCUAAGCAUGGAGGAAUACAGCUCUCAGGGUAUACCUUUUGAAGCCUUCUUGGGCUUGAACUACCCCAACAUAUCCUUCAUUGGAGCCAUCCCCAUCUUUGACAAGCUGAAGAAUCAAGGUGCCAUUUCUGAGCCUGUUUUUGCCUUCUACUUAAGCAAAUCUCCCCCUCUUUUCUCUCUACAGAUGCAGAGGAAGGGCAGUGUGGUGAUGUUUGGUGGGGUGGACAAAGCCUACUACCAGGGAGCGCUCAACUGGGUACCAUUGAUCCAAGUGGGAGAGUUGCGUGUACACAUGGACCGCAUCUCCAUGAAAAGAAAGGUUAUUGCUUGUUCUGGUGGCUGCAAGGCCCUUGUGGACACUAGGACAUCACUGAUCCUUGGCCCAAGAAGACUGGUCAAUAACAUCCAGAAGCUCAUUGGCACCAUGCCACAGGGUUCCGAGCACUACGUUUCAUAUUUUGUGGUCAAUACCCUACCCUCUAUUAUCUUCACUAUCAAUGGAAUCAAAUACCCAGGGCUCGUUCUAGCCUACAUCCUCAAGGAUUCUAGAGGCCACUGCUCUACCACCUUAAAAGAGGACACAGUGAGUAUAUCUACAGAGACCUGGAUCCUGGGCGACGUCUUCCUGAGGCAGUACUUCUCGGUUCAUGAUCAAGGAAAUGACAGGAUUGGCCUGGCACAGGCAGUGUAA